AUGGUACUGGAUUAUAGGCCCAUAGGGGCCCGUAAUGCAUCCGGGGGCAGAUUUUCUCAUGGAUUCUUCACACCUGAGGAGAAACACUCUAAAACCGAUUACAUCGGUGCCUUCGCCGAUGGUUUAAUUGGAAGGCGGGAUCGUAGGGCCACCAAGGAUGAUAUGUGUAUAAAUCUGAGCUCUUCUCAAUUCGGUGCAGCUAGAAUUAUUAUCGAAGACGAUGGCUCUACUUGUAGUAGAAGUUCUUCAAGGACCGGGGAUAGCGAGAGGACGUCACGCACCAGUUCAAGUAUCGAACAGGAACUUCCAGGCGGGACGUAUUCACCACCAGUUACCGUACAUCGUGGGAGAACGGUUUCGUAUCUGACGCCACAGCCCAUGUCGAAGCCACAGACCCCUAUACGGAAUGUCAAAAUGCAACGCUUCCCGAGUCUAUCUGGUGUUGACUUGACGAAUCUUCCUCCAACUCCGGAUUCUUUACGAGCCACUCCUUUAUUUGGAUCGGGGCUGGAUAUGAAUAAGAGAAGGAGAGAGCCUUCGCCUGAGAUUCCGAGUGCCGAGGACAUUGAAUCUGAGGCAGAAGUAGAUCAUCAUUCAAACCUAGAAGGUGAAGAGGAGGAUGGGUUAGAAGGAGAUGAAUGGGAGGAUGUAGAAGAGGAUGAAGAUGGGGAGACUGACGACGGAGACAGCGUAAGAUACGAAACGGCAAGCGACGACUACGAAGAAGAUAUGGAAGAUAAUAACUUCAUCAUUGGAGAGGAAGAUGGCGAUGGUGAUGAUUAUGACAUCGGAGAGGAAGAGGAGGAGGAGGAGGAGGAGGAACGAGAAUUGCAAGGACGAGAAGGAGACAGACAAUUGCAUUUAGAUGGAGCCAUAUCCCCCUACAAUACAAAUACAGACGAAGACUUGGAUGAAGACGGCGCAUACACUCCUAGGCUACGUGCCAAACUCGAGGCAUCUCCUCAGAUAUCCCCCAUCAUUGAGUCAGCAUCGACUUUUCCAUCUCCUCCUCCUCCCACCAACACUCCUCUGUCCAUCACCAACCUUCCACCCCCACUUCUUGCAUCUACAGAACCUCCUCUUCUUGUCAACCGUACUUUCAAGUUGACUUCACAUCUAUUCUCUCGUCCAUCAUCCUCAUCAAUUUCUCAUCCACCUUCUUCGACUUCGUCGUCGUCGUUCUCUUCUUUUUCUUCUGCCAACCAACCAGCAAGCUUCUCUGAAGAUCUUUUAUCGACUUCAACAGCUAGCUACGCGUCGGGCCUAUCCAAAUCAGAUUCCAUUCCUGUGACUUCGGUUUCUUCCUCUUCUUCUACCGUUGUCCACCUCUUAUCCGAUUUCAUCGGAAACUCCCCUGCUUCUUCCUCUUCAUCUAUUCUUUCUAUCGACAAUCCUCUAGAUCCGGUGAGCAACCAUUUAUCAAGUUUGCCUAUCAAUUGUUCAUCGAAUACCUUGAGUGAAAGUUGCUCUGGACUUUCCCUUAGCUCUCCAGGAAGGUUACUUCCCCACGGAUUAUCAAGACCUUCUUUCAAUUCUUCAACAGCCUCAUCUUCCUUGGAGCCAUUGGAAAAAAUGCCUCCAUAUAUCCAGAUCAAGAAGACAGACAAGGGGCUGUCGUUAUCUUCCAGCAUGGAACGACAGAACCCUAAGAAGAAGGCAAUGCCCCAAGCCAAGAGCUGCAUCCCAGAGAACCCGACAGAAUUUCGCGACUACGCCCAAGAGUGCGUCUGGGCUGCAGAUGCGGCGCGAUUGAAUCCUUGGAAUCUCCACGAGGGAGAGUACGAGGUUCUUCGCGACCAUCUCAAUCAGUUACAUGUCACCACGUAUUUGAACAUUCGGAAUGGAAUUCUUCGACUUUGGUUGAAGAAUUCUAAGAAACGGGUGACGGUGGGGGAGGCAAUGGGGUGUUGCAAGGAGGAAAGGUUCUUCGGGCUGGCCGAGGUGGCCUUCAAUUGGCUGACGAGAAGUGGUUAUAUUAACCACGGGUGUCUUGAGAUGCCCAUAAGCUCGUCAACUAAGAAGCCAGGCACCCGGCGGAGGAAGACCAUUGCCAUAAUUGGAGCAGGCAUUUCGGGCCUCGCUGCGGCCAGACAACUCGAGGCACUCUUAGCCUCGUCUGGUGAGUGUUUGGGAGGGUCCGGUGUUCCCGACGUUGUUGUCUUCGAAGGAAGACACCGUCUGGGUGGUCGAGUUUUCUCGGCCACUUUAACACCGGGCCCUCACAACCUCCCGGACGGGCUGGAGCCAGCCGUCGACAUUGGCGGGCAAAUCGUGAUGGGGUACGAUGCCCGGAACCCCCUUGCUGCUCUGAUCGUGGAUCAGCUGGGAAUACCUUUCCAUACCAUUGGAAGGGUGUUCCCGAUCCACGAUCACGACGGCAAGGUGAUUGGGGACGGGCGGGAUACCGUCAUCGAGCUCGUCCACAACGACAUCUUGAGGCGGCUAUCAAAAUUCAGCUAUAAGGAGCCGCCGCCGCAGACCGCCCAUGGUGAUGUCGAAUACAUCACCAAAUGCAAAGACCCAUGGGGCGUGGGAGGGCCACCGCUUGCGGAGGUCCAGGGCGAGGGCCAUGUGGCCCCGCCCAUCCCACUGGCUGAGAGGGGGAGGGAGAAGAAGGAGACCCGGAAGCUCCGGAAGGCCCUUGAGGGGCUUAAUAUCAAGGUGGCGAAAGCCUACAACGGGGAUGGUUUGGCUUGCCUUGGGAGGACUAUGGAGAAGGUCCUCCCGGGGUAUGCCAACCUCCUCAAGACGGACGCCAGGGAUCUCCGUCUUUUCAACUGGUUCCAGGCCAACCUGGAGUACGGGAACGCGGUGGAGGUCAACGGUUCCAGUUUGGAACACUGGGACCAAGACGACGGGAACGAGCCGGCGGGGGCCCAUACGAUGAUUAUGGGCGGGUAUUCUGAGCUAGCCAAGGGCCUCAGCUCCACACCAUCGGAGCUUGACGUCCGCUUGAACCAUGUGGUGACGAGGAUCAAGUAUGAUCCUAAAAACAGCGAGAAGAAGGUGGCCCUGCAAUUCGCAGAUGGCCAGGCCUUCGAGGCCGAUAAGGUCAUCGUCACCUUACCCCUCGGGGUAUUAAAGCGGGAGCAUGGUGUGGACUUUGUCCCACCACUCCCAGAGGCCAAGCAGGAUGCCAUCAAGAGGCUUGGCUUUGGCCUUUUGAACAAAGUCAUCAUGGUGUACGAGGAGGCAUUUUGGGAUACCAACAAUGCUGGGUUCGGUUGCUUGCGAAAAGCCGAGGAAGGUCAAGAUGAGGACCUUUUCUCGAGCUACGAGAAGAAGAGGGGGCGCUUUUACAUUUGGUGGAAUACCACCGAUGCGGUGGGCCGACCAACUCUGGUCGGUUUGAUGGUUGGUGACGCUGCGGAGCAAGUCGAGGGCGAGGACCCAGAGGAGAUCAUCAAGGAGGCGACAGGCAUACUGAAAAAGUGCUGGGGGGAGGAUAAAGUCCCGGACAGACCAGAGGAGAUCUUUGUGACUAAGUGGCGCAAAGACCCCUUUGCACUCGGGUCUUACUCUUACGUUGCACCCGGUUCGACCGGUGCUGAUUAUGACACUAUUGCUGAGCCCAUUAACGACCAGAUAUUCUUCGCCGGAGAGCAUACAAGUCGGAAAUACCCCGCUACAGUGCAUGGGGCCUAUAUCAGUGGCCUCCGCGUGGCCGGCGAAGUCGCUGAAGCUAUGCUCGGUCCUAUCCAUGUUCCGACCCCGCUAAUUGGACCCCGCGUUAUGAAGUCCAGACCUGAGGCUGUCGUGGAGACCACAACGAUCAGGACGUCUUCGGUCGCUGGUCCUCGUGUGACAAAGUCUACGAACAUCCAAAUCACGAAAACGACAAAGGACCAGAGGGCGACGAUCGCCUCUCGCAGGUCAACCAUUAGCACAGCCGUGCGGCAGAAGACAAAGCGCAAGGCAUCUGAUGAGGAUGAAUACAGAGAUCUGGCGAAGAGGGUCCGAACGAAAAUCUCUCGAGCGGAAACUUCACAACAAAAGAGGAAGCAUCAGGUGGCCUAUGAGCCCGAACUAGAGGCUCGACCUAUAAAGAAACCGCGAGUACCAAGUGUUCAAGCCGGGCCGCAGCAGAACUGCGUGCCCACUGACCCCAAGCCCGAAGAACCGAGGAAGGAAACUGCGAACCCGUUCUUGAUAUACCAAAAGGAUUUCUUUAAGACAGCUCAGAACAGAGCAAACCAUACGAAGCGUGAACAAACUGGUACCGCAGAUGCCAAAGCUGACCGAAAUGAAGUUCGGGUAGUUCUUGGAGAUAUGUGGAGGAGUGCCGCUCCAGAAACCAAAAACCGAUAUCAAGAUCAGGCGAACCAGAACAAGCGCGAUAACCUUGCCAAGAUAAACGACCACAAGCGUCAAGUGGUAGCAUGGGAACUGAGGCAGGUUACGAGCACCAGAGCUACCGUCAUUCCUGCCCCCAUCUCUUCAUCACCAGCUCCGAUCUCCUCGGCGGUAUACCCUACCCCAGCUGACACAACGCCCUCCGUUGAUGAUCGGGAAGCAAUAUCAUAA